AUGAGAUUGUUGACCACGUUUCGCUUUGGGGGCAAUCCUUCUACAGUCGAGAUGGGUUUCUACACAUUAGACUAUCGGAGAGCUCCUUCAAUGGCCUCAGCUCCAUCUACGAGUGGAAGUGAAUUCGGCGAUAUAAGUGACAGUGAACUGCCUGUUCUUGAGAGCGAUGACGAUUCGGACGAGGAAUUUGAGAAGCUGCAGAGUUUGUCUUGCGAAUUGCGUCAGAAAACAUUCGAAAAAGAACAUCCUGACGGAGUGCCUAAGCAGAAGAGGGUGAAAGUUGAGAAAGUGAUAGACAAAAGCGACUUGGAGCAUGAUUUGGCUCCAUGGGAAGAUGUGCUGCAGAAGAUCGACGAACAUCGUUCAAAUUUGGGGAAAUGGAUUGCACAGGAUGCGCUUGCUACUGAGCUCACUCAGAUCGUGCACGGAGACGAAGGAUUGCGCACUGCUCAGCGAUGUUCUAGAGCACUCUUUCAAGGUUCUAUGGAAGAUGUUCAGUCUUUGAACAGGUCCGAGCUCCUAUCACUGUUUGGUACCACCGUGAAAGUAGCUCGCAGUGAAGUUGAAACUAUGGGUGAUCUGGCCGACCGAACAAGAGCAGAUAAUAUAAAGGGCUCCAUGUUAAUGACGAAAGGAGCCUUUAAAAUCAACGGAGAGAAGUUCAUUGACAACACUGUGCCACUUGAUUUCAAGCGGAUAAGUCUUACUGGAGCGCCUGAUCUCACUUUGAUAUGUUGGGGUAAACGCAAGUUCCAAUUGGUGCAAUGGUACAUGAGUGCUGGUCGAGCUCACUCGAAGCUACAGCUCCUCGUGCUUAAAACAUACCGUGACUUUCUGCGUGCAGCCCGCCCACUUGAUCCUUCGGUUCGUCAGCAAGUACAGUGUGAAUUCCGUGAGGCGGCAAAACGUUAUCAGCCAUCCGACAUACUUCCGAUUGAAUACAGUUUGCGAAGAGCGAAUACCCAGAGAACGAUGGCGGAUCAUAAAAUCCUCCCCGUGUUUGCGUUUGUAGACGAUGGUGAACAGCUUCAACAACUCCGCGAAUAUCUCAACAACGUUGGAAAAGCUAAGUUGGACCCGAAAGGGCCGGCCGAUGUGUCAGAUAAUUUGAUCGAUAUCUGUUCACAACUUACGGUAAUGGGUGCUUGUCCACAUCCUGUGGAGGUUGAUUUUAUUCUCAACUCGAUCUGCUCGCUCAUGGUAUUGGUACCAGCUGAGAAGGCAUUAACUGUUGUCAAUGCUUUUUGUAAAGCGAUCACUCCUGCCCAUUUCAAAGGACUCGGGUGGAAUAGCAAUGUCGAGGAAGCUGUGCUGUUGAAGAAGAUCAGGCUUCUCACUCUAAUGAGCAUUGCAGAAAAUAACCACGUUAUACAUCUUGAUACUCUCGCAGAAGAGCUGGAUUUGUCACCAGAUGAUCACUUGGAAGAGUUCAUCAUUGACGCUAUUCAAGUGAAUGCUAUUUCUGGCAAAUUAAAUGAAAUGACGCGGACAUUAGUUGUGAGCUCUUUCCAACACCGGCAGUUUGGACGAGAACAAUGGCAAACUCUGCAGCUUCAACAACUCCGCGAAUAUCUCAACAACGUUGGAAAAGCUAAGUUGGACCCGAAAGGGCCGGCCGAUGUGUCAGAUAAUUUGAUCGAUAUCUGUUCACAACUUACGGUAAUGGGUGCUUGUCCACAUCCUGUGGAGGUUGAUUUUAUUCUCAACUCGAUCUGCUCGCUCAUGGUAUUGGUACCAGCUGAGAAGGCAUUAACUGUUGUCAAUGCUUUUUGUAAAGCGAUCACUCCUGCCCAUUUCAAAGGACUCGGGUGGAAUAGCAAUGCAGGUCAUGCUGUCCAUGUUUUAUCAAAUUUGUUCCGAGGAUUCGCCGCUCAUCCUAAGAUCCAGGAGGUACUGUACCGAGCACUCGUUGCCAUGUGCUCUGAAGCUCGUAUGAUUGGCGAACUCGACUGCUCAACGGAGAACUUGCAAAAGCAGUUCAAGCAGUGGGGAACAGCUGUUGAUGGGCAACGUGAUAUCCUCCGUCUAGUCCAUAUUGGUCUUCUUGAAGAUCAAAAAGCAGAUCAAGCGGCCAAGGUAAUGAUUAUGCUGCUGGGUACUUACACUGAGAAAGAUGCAGCGCUGGCGCGAGAAGACGCAAUCGAAUGUGUACGGACUGCAGUUGUUGAUCCCAAAUCCUUCUCAUUUGACCAUCUUCAACGUCUCUGUGCUGUCAAAGCUUUACAAAAGUCCGAUCCCUUGAUGUACUCGGCUCUUGAACUGUUCAUCUCCGGAACCCUCAAAGACUAUCGUGCAUUUGUCAAAGCCCACCCUGAAUUCGUUGGAGAUAAACUCAAGGUCGAGGAAGCUGUGCUGUUGAAGAAGAUCAGGCUUCUCACACUAAUGAGCAUUGCAGAAAAUAACCACGUUAUACAUCUUGAUACUCUCGCAGAAGAGCUGGAUUUGUCACCAGAUGAUCACUUGGAAGAGUUCAUCAUUGACGCUAUUCAAGUGAAUGCUAUUUCUGGCAAAUUAAAUGAAAUGACGCGGACAUUAGUUGUGAGCUCUUUCCAACACCGGCAGUUUGGACGAGAACAAUGGCAAACUCUGCAGAAGCGACUGCAGACACUCGUGAACAACUUGAAGCAGUCACACGCCAAUAUUCACAGCAUCAAUCAACACGUCGACAGUCUUGCCUAA